GUAUAAUCUUUUCUGACCUGCGUUGUUUUCUGAGUGAGUGUGCCCAUUUGAACCCUUCUCCUUGUUCAUGGAUUGCAGUGGUUUGGCGCGUGAGGCUGAGGCUAACUCGCGGACUGUGCAGCAGGUGCGGCUGCGUUGCACAGAGGGUUCGGUGGAGUGGGUCUACCCGGGUCAGGCGCUUCGGGUCGUCCUGGAACCCAACCUGUCCUCUGCGCGCCACACAACGAUCUGCAUCAAACCGUUCCGCAGCUUCAACGGUGCCAGCGUCUACAUCGAGCGGGCUGGGGAACUUGACCUGUUGAUGACGGAUGGAGGGCGGCCGGAGCAGGUGUUCUGUUUCCCGGCGGACGGACCUCAGAAGCCAGCCAUCUUCCUCCUGGCGAACCCGCAGAGGGAUAUCAGCCAACGCGCAGUAGGCUUCAGAUAUGAGUUGCUGGGCAAUCGGACCACUGCGCCCAACCUCGGCCAAAGUGUGUUGCAGGCUAGCUGCCGUCCCUGCAAUGACACAGAGCUCCUCCUGGCCAUCUGCAGCAGUGACUUUGUGGUUCGCGGCUCCAUCAGGAACGUAUCCCACAAUGCUGAGCGGCAGACAUCGUUGGUGGAGGUCUCAGAGGGGAGGGUGUACCGGCAGCGUAGCGGGGUGUUCGAGCGCCACACUGGCACCAUAGGGGUUCCCGGUUCCAGUUCCUCAUGGCACGGUCACAUCCACACACUGUUACAGUGUCACGUAAAGCCUGGGGGCGGAGAGUUCCUAUUCACAGGGACAGAACACUUUGGGGAGGCCUGGCUGGGUUGUGCCCCCCGCUAUAAAGACUUCAUGUCCCUCUACCAAUCAGCUUGGGCGGCUCGUCAGAACCCCUGUGAGUUCCCGCUGGACUGAGGGUGUGUCCCAGUUCCUAGUGGCGAUCCAUGAGCCCUGUGACCUAUAUGUAGGUUUUUUUUUUUUUAAUGGAACACAUUGAGUCUCUUCUUUCUACCCCAGUUGGCAUGGUAGAGAUUAUGUCGCCGUGGCCUCACGACCACAGCGGUUUGAGAGAUGUUGUCCCUUCUACUCCUCAUGAAUCUAUACCGCUCACAAGACCAGCAGGGACAAAUCUGUUGGAGCACUUGUAGAGCACAAGGAGUACAAGGCCCAGGGCAGGGGCCCACAGGGGACCCAUCCAACCAGCACUAGAGGGGCCACCCCAGCCCCUGCCGGCCCCAGCGGGGAAAGGCUUAGAGAGCCUGGCCCUUUGUCUGUCUCUCUUCUCAACGCCCACAGCUCCCAGAGACUAAAAAUGGUUUGACUGCUGCUUCACUCUUUGUCUCUCCCCUCACCAACUGCUACUUCACUCUUGGUCUCUCCCCACACCAACUGUUGCUUCACUCUUUGUCUCUCCCCACACCAACUGUUGCUUCACUCUUUGUCUCUCCCCACACCAACUGCUGCUUCACUCUUUGUCUCUCCCCACACCAACUGCUGCUUCACUCUUUGU